ACAAUUUUGUCAGCCCACCCCUCUAGUCUUAAUAGUUAAUAUAAAAAAAAACGUGUCCUCUUUUCUAACCAAAAUCAGAAAAAUCCCUAAAUUCACUGAACCAUCCUGCCCUCCUCCCCAUAUCUUGUGAUUCUUCUCUGAUCCUCUCUUCCAUCUCUUCCUUUAUUAAUAUCUCUAUUCUUUCAUAAGCUACUACUACUUGUCUUCCUCAUUUGCCUACUUAGCUACUACUUCUCUACACGGAUUCAACACCCAAAACCAAACUUUGUUUUGAUUAGAUAAAAAAUAAAAACUAAACAGCUUAAACCAAAAAAAAAAAAAAAAAAAAAACAGAGUUUAUUCGAUUUUGUGUCUUUGUAUCAAAACAUCGACAAUUUCUCUAUGCAGCUUUUGGUUCUUUACCCAAAUUCCAAUCUUCACCUUCAGCUCAAAGCUUCUUCUUUUAUAAUCUCUGAAUCUUUUACAGUUAACUCGGAUCUUUGUCUGCAUUCUCUGAAUCUUGAUUUGUCUCUCAUUCGUUACCGAUCAAGCUGCAUUGGUUAACGAGACAACAACAAAAUAUCAGAUCUUUGUGCUUAUUUGUCUUCUAAAUCCGAAAUCAGAGCCAGCCCAAAAGCCUCGUUAGAUAAGAUGAUUCGCGAUAUCUCAAACUUGCAGAAAGAUAUCAGAAACAUCAAAGAACGUUGUUCAAACAACCUAGCGAUGGACGUCGGAAGAAACAACCGCCGCCAAAACGUGAGCUUUCGAAGUUCGCCGGAGAAAGGCAAGCAAGAGUUACGGCGGAGCUUCUCGUCGCAGAAAAGGUUGAUGAUCCCGGCGAGCUACUUCAGUUUAGAGUCUCUGUUUCUGUUGGUGUGUCUCACGGCGUCUCUCUUGAUCCUUCCGUUAGUUUUGCCGCCGUUACCUCCGCCUCCGUUUAUGCUGCUUUUGGUUCCCAUCGGGAUAAUGGUUUUGCUCGUUGUUCUUGCCUUCAUGCCUUCUUCUCAUUCUAAUCCUAAUAGUCAUAGAGGAGAUGUAACUUGCCAUUUUAUGUAAAUUCAUCUGAUUUAUAUUAUAAUACUUUUAAUUAAUCUAUUUAGGGUUCUUAAACCAUCAUCAUAGCUUUCCCCUCUCCUCUUUCUUGUACUAAACUGAUUCAGAAUUCUAUUACAAGUAAAAAAGCGAAUUAAAAAUUGCAAGUACCGACC